GUGACAUUCCGUGUUUAGGAAGGAAGAGAAUUUAAGAUCUUAACCAACAAAUUCCGAGUUUUUUUCAAAAAGUUUCACAGAAAGUUUUACAGUGAGACGCGAAAAUGUUCUCGUCAAUAAUUAGAAAGGUUCCCCAGUUGGUUAAGCUGGCAGCCCCCCAAUGCAAACCCACAUCACUUAUAAGAGCAAUUUCCAUUUCCCAUCAAUAUUAUGCGCCAAGGAUUCAAGAGCCAGCUCCAAAUUUUGCGGGAACUGCAGUGAUUUCGGCUGAUUUUAAGAAUAUUCAACUUAGUGACUAUAAAGGAAAAUAUGUGGUUUUGGUCUUCUAUCCACUUGAUUUCACAUUUGUUUGUCCAACUGAGCUCAUAGCUCUGGACGAUAGAAUAGAUGAUUUCAAGAAAUUAAACGCCGAAGUCAUCGGCUGCUCUGUUGAUUCACAUUUCACGCAUUUAGGAUGGAUGAAUACUGAAAGAUCUAAAGGAGGUUUGGGGCCUUUAAGAUACCCUCUACUCUCUGAUAUGAACAAAAAUAUCGCUAGAGACUAUGGAGUGUUGCUGGAGAAGGAAGGCAUUGCCCUUAGAGGGAUGUUUAUUAUCGACCCUAACGGAGUUUUACGACAAAUCACCAUCAACGAUUUGCCUAUUGGCCGAUCGGUGGAUGAAGCCCUGAGAAUAAUCGAGGCCCUCAGAUUCGUGGAGGAGCACGGAGAAGUCUGCCCAGCAAACUGGAGGAAGGGGGAUAAAACCAUCAAACCCAAUCCGAAAGGAUCGCUGGAGUACUUUUCGUCCAGCAACAAAUAAAUAAGUGGUGCUAGAAUUUUGGGUCUGCUAAUAUGAGCUAAAAAUGUUUGUUUUGUUCAUUAAACUUGAAUUUUUCCGUUUA